AUGUCUUUUUCCAAGUUCGUAUCCCCUUGUCACGGUGACAGUAUUGCGAUAUACAACUCUACCAGCGGAGCGGUCAAGUGUCAGGCCUGUGUUAAAUGCCCCCAGGGACGAGGCCUCUCUGUGCAAUGCAGUUCUGUUCAAAGCCCAGAGACACCCAUAGUUUGCGAGCCAUGUGUGCUUGGGAAAACAUACUCAUCUGGAAAAGACGCCGGGGCAUGCAUGAGCUGUGAGAAUUGUGAAGAGUAUCGCGAAACCAUAAAAGCCUGCACUCUGACUUCCAAGGCAGUGUGUGGAAAGUGUAAGCCUGGCGCUUACCAAGAUGACCGCCUAACACGAUUGUGCCAGCCCUGCUCCCGCUGUUGUGAUGAUCAAGAUGAUCUAGUCGAGCCGCAGUGCCAAGAAAUGCCUGAAAACAAGCAGUGCAGUUUUCACAGAUCACACGUAUGCAGCAAAGUUAUAACUCGUACAAAUUUCAGCUCAGUCAGCUCUGUGGAAACAAACCACACAGCAUCACUGGUAUUGGUGCCGUCUCCCACAAGCCAAGUAACCACCUCAUUGAGCAUGCGCACUGCAUAUCAGAAGACCCCGCUGGCUGAUCGUCCUUCGAGAGCCGCAAUCAUCGGUGCUGCUGUUGGUGUUCCAUUAGCUGUAGUCCUGUUGCUGUUGGUCAUUUGCUAUUUUCUUAAAAAAAAGAGCAAUCACCGAGUAAAUAAGAGGGUUAAUGACGCCGAAAGGCCGCAAGAAACACGAAGCAAAAAAGAGUCUAGAAGAAUUGAUUUAGAACGGUUAAACACAGAAAGGUCACAGCCAGCAGAAGAUAGUAACGCCACAUCAACAGGGACCAAGGAAACUCAAAUACUUGUCCAGAACAGUACAGGUCAGUGAACCUACAUGACUAAUCAAGCUUUGAACAUGAUUUUCACUGAAAGCAUCAUAGGGAAUGCUCUCAACUUGAUAUCUCCUUUUUUUACUCAAAUAUUUCCAGAUGCCUGCAAGCUAUCAAUAGAGGAAAGUGAGGCUACUUCGCCAAGUGUCGAAGAAACUCAGCCACCGGACUACAACAACACAGGUAAACCCUUUUUGUGAUCUAAGCACUAGUUACGAUGUUUUCAAACGUGCUCUUUAUAGAAGACAGUCUGACCAAUCUCCUUGAUUUAUCUUUUUAUCAUAAACUUCCUUUGGUCUACAUGCCGUAGAGGCUUAUAGGAAAUAAGAAAGUAGUUAGAGGAGGCAUCCAGGUCGUGUAUAUUUUCAUGAGUAGGGUUCCAAAAUUACUUCUUCUCCCAGAUGGAGGGGAUCCAGUUACUCUUCCCUCCCGCCCACCCGCUCCUUCCUUUACUUGAGGCCCUCGAUGGUCAGUGAUAAAAUCAUUACAACUAUUGGAGUAUAACUUUAGAGAAAACCCGGCAAUAAGGUAAGGUCGUGUAUGGUCAAAACAACGACGGUGAUCACAUCCGAGAGUUUGAGAAAUUUGAAAAUAAAACAAUAAAAAUCUUAGGUUUUUUUGUCAGUUCAUUGUUACCAACUGGUUAACAAUAAAGAGUAUAUAUAUCUGGUUCUUGAGUUUUCUUUUUUUCUGUCUUUUAUCUUAGAGCACCAGCUGUUCAAGAAGGCUCCCAAAGACAACAGUUGUCACACUGUGGUGAAGACGACCACUAUAAACACCGUGACUUACUGUUCAACUUGUAGUUCUGGUCCAGAACCUACAGGGUAUGGAGAAGAAUGA